AUGGCUUGCUUGAAACUUGGUUCUAAAUCUGAAGUAUUUCAUCUAAGUGGUCACACAUGGGUUUGCUCAACUGGUCUUAAACCUGACGUGGUGAUCCAAGUACAAGACCAAACCUUCCACCUCCACAAGUUCCCGUUACUAUCAAGAAGUGGAUACCUAGAAUCUCUCUUCAGCAAAGCCUCAGAGACAGCUUCUCACGCUCAGCUUCACGACAUACCCGGUGGACCAGACACGUUCCUCCUCGUGGCCAACUUCUGUUACGGUGUAAGAAUCGAAGUCACAGCCGAAAACGUUGUAAGCCUCAGAUGUGCAGCAGAGUAUCUCCAAAUGAGUGAAAACUACGGAAACGCAAAUCUCAUCUACCAAACCGAGAGUUUCCUCAACGACGACGUAUUAACAAACUGGGAAGAUUCAAUCAAAGCCUUGGAGAGCUGCGAGGGAAAACUCUUACCUAUCGCUGAAGAGCUUCACAUUGUCUCUAGGUGCGUUUCUUCUUUAGCUAUCAAAGCUUCUUAUGCAGAGGAUUCAAGUUUAUUCAGCUGGCCAAUCUCAGCACCACCAGAAGGAGCAUGGAACGGUAUACAAACUAAGUCCACGAGUGGAAACUGGUGGUUCAACGAUGUGUCAGCGUUCCUCGACUUCCGAAUUUACAAAAGGUUUAUUCAAAUCGUUGCAUCAAGAGGAGUAAAAGCUGAUGUAAUAGCAGCAUCUGUCACGCAUUACGCGAAGCGUAACCUUCCUUUACUUGGUUGUUCUAGGCACGUUGGUUCAUCUCCAGAGGAAGGUACUAACCACGGUGAUGACGUUUACUACUCUCUUGACGAUCAGAGAACUCUACUCGAAGAAAUCGUGGAGUUACUACCUAGCGAAAAUCGCGUUACUUCGACAAGAUUCUUGCUUAGACUUCUUAGGACAUCAAUGAUUCUGCACGCAAGUGCGGACACUCAAGACAAUCUUGAGAGAAAGAUCGGUGUGCAGUUAGAUGAAGCUGGUUUAGAAGAUCUGUUGAUACCAAACAUGGGAUACUCAGCUGAAACACUCUAUGAUAUAGACUCUGUGCAGAGGAUUCUUGAUCAUUUCAUGUUGAGAUUUGAUUCGUCUUCGAGCUGUGUAGAGGAGGAGAAGCAAGUGAUGGGAGAGUCUCAUCCUCUUAGGUCUAUUACAAAGGUUGCUAGUUUGAUAGAUGGUUACUUAGCAGAGGUGGGAUCUGAUGAGAACUUGAAAGUAUCUAAAUUUCAAGCUCUUGGUGCUUUGAUCCCUGAUGAUGUUAGGCCAAUGGAUGAUGGUAUCUACCGUGCUAUUGAUAUAUACAUCAAGGCUCACCCAUGGCUAACAGAAUAUGAGAGAGAGCAACUGUGUAUGCUAAUGAACUGCCAGAAACUGUCGUUAGAGGCAUGCACACACGCAGCACAAAACGAGCGUCUACCUGUACGAGUCAUAGUACAAGUCUUGUUCUAUGAACAAAUGCGGCUUAGAGCAUCUAUAGCAGAACUGUUCUUGGACACAGAGAGCAACAACGAAGACACAAACGGCAUGAAUCAGGCAUUAGAAGGACACAACAAGAUUAAAGGAAAUGCUAAGAUGGGGAUAAAGGAGAUGAAGGAACGUGUAUUCGAGCUUGAGAAAGAAUGUAUGAGCAUGAAGCAAGAUCUUGAUAAGCUUGUGAAGCCUAAAGAAGAACGCAACUUCUUCUCAAAGAUAUUUGGACUGAAGUGUAAGACUAAGACUACGCCAUGCGGUGGAGUGGGCAAAGGAGGAGAAGAAGAUGCUCUAUUGAUGAUUCGUGAAACCAAAAACUGA